UUUAAAAGAUAAGCGUAAUUGUCAAAGAAUCUGCGCAAAAGAUAUUGGUCACGCAGAUAGCGACCAUAUGUGUCAGUCAAAAUGUCAUUACUGUGGAGAACCAUGUUCUUUGUCAACAUCCACAAAAAAAGGAAAUUACCAGUGCCCUAACAAAUGCAUCAUAAAUUGCAAGGAAGAACAUGAGCGUCAUC